AAGUUCAAGGAACCGUAAAAUUCAUCAGAAUGUUUGAUAAAUUUUUCGAUUGUUUGAAUAGUCGGUCACUAACAGAGGCUGACAGGAACAGGAAACCGAAUAUGGCACCAUAUAAAUCUCCAAAUGACCAGCGUUUAAAGUGGCUGAGGGAUGAUUUUCUAAAAUACCUGGAAAGGUGGGCAACAUCAGUAGAUUCACACUUCCAGGGACUGAAAUCGAAAGAAAAGGCGAAAAUGAGAUUGAGCAAUCAAACAAAUGAAGGGAUACAUAUGACAGUUUAUUCAUUUGUUGAAUUGACACAGUACUUGCUUGCACAAACUGGUGUGCAAUACAUUUUAAGUGAACGCUUCAACCAAGAUCCGUUAGAAUCACAUUUUGGCAAGCAUCGACAAAUGAAGGGAGGAAAUGACAAUCCUACAGUUGCUCAAUUCAACUACAAUGAGAACAAUCUUCGUCUGCUAGGUUCUCAGGCACUGGCCCCAGUCAAUGGCAACUGUAAAAGGUCAUGCACUGAAAACAAAAUUGAUGACACACCACUUCCAAAGAGGCCAAGAAAACCAAAAAAACUUUUUUUCUAACAGUUAUGAAAAGUUAUGAAUCCAUGGUUACAUAAUUUCUGCAUUUUUCAGAUUUUUUCUUAGGGAUUUUUUCUUUGAUGCUUCAAUAGUUUGGUGAUGUUUGAAAUGUUCGAUCCAAUGUGCUGCA